AUGAACUGGAUUGCAGUCUUAUCAUUUGUGAUCCCGCCAAUUUUAUCUCUUGCAGGCUACAUAUAUUAUACAAUACCAAGCUACUCAGACUCAAAAAUUAUUCCUUCAGUAUGGGAUAAAAUAACAAUUGAAAGAGACGGUAAAGGAAUCCCUCAUAUAACAGCAUCAUCUACUGAAGAUGCAUGUUUUGCAUUAGGCUAUGUGCAUGCCCAAGACCGUAUGCUUCAACUUGAUCUUUUAAGAAGGAUAUCUGAAGGCUCUUUAUCAGAAAUUUUUGGCAAUAAAACUCUUGAGUUAGAUAUUUUUUCAAGAAACAUCGGAUUUAAAAGGCAAGCAUUAUUAUCAUUGCCAAAACAUUCAAAUCAUACUUUACUCCUAUUACAUCGAUAUUCUGAAGGGAUCAAUGCUUGAGCUGAAGCCAAUCCUUUACCAUUUGAGUAUUUUAUUACAUGAAGCCAUUGACAGUAUUGGAAGCCAGUUGAUACCCUUUCAAUUUGGCGCUAUGUGUCAUUUUUUCAAAAUUCCGAAUGAAGACAUGAGCUAUUCAGAGCAAAACUAGCAGCAACCAUAGGAGAAAGAUUAGCAAAGAUAAUUUUGCCUUACGAUGAAAGCAUGAUAUUUCCAAAAAGCUAUAUAAUAAAUGAUUAUGAUUUACCACAAGAAUUAAAAAGAACUUCAUCAUUUUAUGCUUCACAUACAAGUAAUGGAAAAAUCAAUGACUUUGAAACUUUAAAUGACGAGAUUUAUUAUUUAAACCUUCAGACUAGUGCUGCAUUUGUGGUGUCAGGAAACAAAACAAAAUCUGGAAAACCUUUGAUUUCAAGCCAAAUUUAUUUUUCAUCAAGGAUACCAACUGAAGUUUAUUUAAGUAAAAUUACGACAAAUAAUAUCAAAUUAUCAGGAACAACUAUUCCAGGGAUACCUUUCUUUUAUCAAGGAGAAAAUGGUAGCAUAUCAUGGGCUGCUGUUCCUAUCCUAGCUGAUGUCAUCGAUUUAUAUGUUCAUAAAAUUCAUCACACUGAAGAGCUGUAUCUUUUAAAUGAGAACUGGGAGCCAUUUUAUAAAAUUACAGAAAAAAUAGCUGUGAAAGGACAAGAGCCAGUUGAAGUGGCGAUUAAAUUAACUAAAUAUGGCCCAAUGCUAAUAAAUCCAAGCAUUUUGAAUUUUAAAGAAGCAAUCAGCAUCAGAUGGACUGCAAAUGAAAUAGAAGACAACGACUUUGAUAGUAUCAUUAAAAUAAAUACAGCAAAAAAUCCAAGAGAUUUUAGGUUAGCAUUAUCAGGAAUAAAAGUGCCAAACUUCAGCGUAGUUUAUGGCUUAAAUACAGGCAUCAUUGGAUAUCAGGCUGUAGGACUUUUCCCUCAAAGAGAAUCUUAUGGCGCUGUUCCUCUUGAUGGGAGUCGAUCUGAUGCAGAUUGGAAAAAAUUUAUUGAUUUUAAAGAAUUGCCAUAUGUAUUAAACCCUAAAGAAGGAUUUAUUCUAGCUGCCGGCAAUAGCCCGAUUUCUGCUUCGUAUAAGCAUAGUAUUUCCUUCUCUGGAACUUAUUUCAAUGAUAAAGCGUAUAGGAUGUCAAAUGCAAUCAAAGAAACACUCACAAUAAGAAAAUCAUUUGCGAUUGACAAUGCUGUUGAAAUUUUAUAUGAUAACCACACAGAAUUCUGGGCUUCUGCUCAAAAUUGGAUUUCGAUUCUCAAAAAUGAAACAGCGAAAAGAAUUUUAGAAAAUUCCGAUUGCGAAACUGCAAAAGAUUGCAUGCGAAUAUUUGAGAGUUUGAUAAUAGAUAAAGAAAGAGAAGAGGCAUCUGAAUUUGUAAAAACUUAUAAGCAGAUUUGCAAGAAAAAAUAUAGCAGCAUAUCUCCUUUUUUCGAAAAAAUGGAUGAAACGACAAACAAACUCGAUCCGUUUGAAGAUGAAGGCAAGUCCUCAAUUUUUAUUCAUGAUUUUGGAAACAUAGCCAAAAGUUUAUGGAGCACAAACAGUGGAGUCAGUGAAAGUAAACUAACUCCCCCCCCCCUCCUUGAGUGAACAAAACCAUUAGAAAAACCGCUAUUUUUUGCCCAAAAGCCCACCCUCCGUGAGUGAACAAAAAUUUUUUUUAAUAGAAAAAUUUUUUAUGGAAAAAAAUUUUGAUAUAUAAGUGAUAAUUAGUAUAAUGAAAUCUAGAGCUAAUUCUGUUUAAUUUUAAACAAAUUGCUUUUUAAAACAUAAAUUUUUAUAAAUUAAAUUAACAUUUGCUUUCCAAUUUUUCGCGAAUUAGGAUUUUUUUAAAUUUCGAAAAAAAAUAUUUUUUUAUAAAAUUUAAAAUAAAUUUUUUUUAAAAAAACAAAUUAAACUCUGUGAGUGAACAAAAUUUUUUUGUUCACUCACGGAGGGGGGAGUAAGCAAAUUUUAUAACAACUUAUCGCAAGGCUUCAAAUCGCAAAAAUAUGAGUUAAUUUUUGCAAACCAUACAGUCAUGAUUUCGCACUUGAUUCCUCAAGAGAAAUAA